AUGUCAGCAUUGUUCUUACACAAUUCACUAAAGCCUUUAGAAGAAAAAAUAGACGUGGACUUGGACAGCAACAUUGACACAGAGAUAUCUACCCGCAACAUUGACACAGAGAUAUCUACCCGCAACAUUGACACAGAGAUAUCUACCCGCAACAUUGACACAGAGAUAUCUACCCGCAACAUUGACACAGAGAUAUCUACCCGCAACAUUGACACAGAGAUAUCUACCCGCAACAUUGACACAGAGAUAUCUACCCGCAACAUUGACACAGAGAUAUCUACCCGCAACAUUGACACAGAGAUAUCUACCCGCAACAUUGACACAGAGAUAUCUACCCGCAACAUUGACACAGAGAUAUCUACCCGCAACAUUGACACAGAGAUAUCUACCCGCAACAUUGACACAGAGAUAUCUACCCGCAACAUUGACACAGAGAUAUCUACCCGCAACAUUGACACAGAGAUAUCUACCCACAACAUUGACACAGAGAUAUCUACCCGCAACAUUGACAAAGAGAUAUCUACCCGCAACAUUGACACAGAGAUAUCUACCCGCAACAUUGACACAGAGAUAUCUACCCGCAAGAUUGACACAGAGAUAUCUACCCGCAACAUUGAAAAAGAGAUAUCUACCCGCAACAUUGACACAGAGAUAUCUACCAGCAAGAUUGACACAGAGAUAUCUACCAUAAAGUUUGCGCCAACAACUUUUGCCUCAACACCAUUUGCCCCAACAACAUUUGCCUCAACAACAUUGGCCUCAACAACAUUUGCCUCAACAACAUUUGCCUCAACACCAUUUGCCCCAACACCAUUUGCAUCAACACAAUUUGCCCAAACAACAUUUGCCUCAACACCAUUUGCCCCAACACCAUUUGCAUCAACACCAUUUGCCCCAACAACAUUUGCCUCAACACCAUUUGCCUCAACAACAUUUGCCUCAACACCAUUUGCCACAACACCAUUUGCCUCAACAACAUUUGCCUCAACACCAUUUGCCUCAACAACAUUUGCCCCAACAAUUUUUGCCCCAACAACAUUUGCCCCAACAACAUUUGCCUCAACAACAUUUGCCUCAACAUUUGCCCCAACAACAUUUGCCUCAACAAAUUUUGCCACAACAACAUUUGCCUCAACAACAUUUGCCUCAACACCAUUUGCCUCAACAACAUUUGCCUCAACACCAUUUGCCUCAACAACAUUUGCCCCAACAAUUUUUGCCCCAACAACAUUUGCCCCAACAACAUUUGCCUCAACAACAUUUGCCUCAACAACAUUUGCCCCAACAACAUUUGCCUCAACAACAUUUGCCUCAACAACAAUUGCCCCAACAACAUUUGCCUCAACAAAGUUUGCCACAACAACAUUUGCCCCAACACCAUUUGCCCCAACACCAUUUGCAUCAACACCAUUAGCCUCAACACCGUUUGCCUCAACAAAAUUUGCCACAACACCAUUUGCCUCAACAACAUUUGCCUCAACACCAUUUGCCUCAACAACAUUUGCCUCAACACCAUUUGCCUCAACAACAUUUGCCCCAACAAUUUUUGCCCCAACAACAUUUGCCCCAACAACAUUUGCCUCAACAACAUUUGCCCCAACAACAUUUGCCUCAACAACAUUUGCCUCAACAACAUUUGCCUCAACAUUUGCCCCAACAACAUUUGCCUCAACAAAUUUUGCCACAACAACAUUUGCCCCAACACCAUUUGCCCCAACACCAUUUACAUCAACACCAUUAGCCUCAACACCGUUUACCUCAACAACAUUUGCCACAACACCAUUUGCCUCAACAACAUUUGCCUCAACACCAUUUGCCUCAACAACAUUUGCCUCAACACCAUUUGCCUCAACAACAUUUGCCCCAACAAUUUUUGCCCCAACAACAUUUGCCCCAACAACAUUUGCCUCAACAACAUUUGCCCCAACAACAUUUGCCUCAACAACAUUUGCCUCAACAACAUUUGCCUCAACAUUUGCCCCAACAACAUUUGCCUCAACAAAUUUUGCCACAACAACAUUUGCCCCAACACCAUUUGCCCCAACACCAUUUGCAUCAACACCAUUAGCCUCAACACCGUUUACCUCAACAACAUUUGCCACAACACCAUUUGCCUCAACAACAUUUGCCUCAACACCAUUUGCCUCAACAACAUUUGCCUCAACAACGUUUGCCACAACAACAUUUGCCCCAACAACAUUUGCCCCAACAACAUUUGCCUCAACAACAUUUGCCCCAACAACAUUUGCCCCAACAACAUUUGCCCCAACAACAUUUGCCCCAACAACAUUUGCCCCAACAACUUUUGCCUCAACAACAUUUGCCUCAACACCAUUUGCCUCAACAACAUUUGCCUCGACAAAAUUUGCCUCAACAAUGUUUGCCCCAACAACAUUUGCCUCAACACCAUUUGCCUCAACACCUUUUGCCUCAACUACAUUUGCCUCAACACCAUUUGCCUCAACAACAUUUGCCUCAACAACAUUUGCCUCAACACUAUUUGCCUCAACAACAUUUGCCCCAACAACAUUUGCCUCAACAGCAUUUGCCCCAACAACAUUUGCCUCAACAACAUUUGCCUCAACAACAUUUGCCUCAACAACAUUUGCCUCAACAACUCUCAACACCGUUUUUUUCUCAACACCAUUUGCCCCAACACCAUAUGCCUCAACAACAUUUGCCUCAACAACGUUUGCCACAACAACAUUUGCCCCAACAACAUUUGCCCCAACAACAUUUGCCUCAACAACAUUUGCCCCAACAACAUUUGCCCCAACAACAUUUGCCCCAACAACAUUUGCCCCAACAACAUUUGCCUCAACAAUGUUUGCCCCAACAACAUUUGCCUCAACACCAUUUGCCUCAACACCUUUUGCCUCAACUACAUUUGCCUCAACACCAUUUGCCUCAACACCAUUUGCCUCAACAACAUUUGCCUCAACACCUUUUGCCUCAACACCAUUUGCCUCAACACCAUUUGCCUCAACACCAUUUGCCUCAACAACAUUUGCCUCAACACUAUUUGCCUCAACACCAUUUGCCUCAACAACGUUUGCCUCAACAACAUUUGCCUCAACAACGUUUGCCUCAACAACAUUUGCCUCAACAACAUUUGCCUCAACACCAUUUGCCCCAACAACAUUUGCCAUGUUUAUCCUUCUACCUGUUGGAGUUAGGUCGUUACAUUGUUAA